GUACUGCAGUACAGAUCUAUGACCAAACACGGGAGAAGUAGUUUUAAAUAAUAUACAUAAUUUUCGUUAAUACUUCAUAAGCACACUAUACCGUUUGCUGUAAUGAACAAAGACACGCCAUGUUAGUUUUAAAUCAGCAUCGGUCUUUGAUCUGUACAAUCGGAUGACACUGAAACCGGCGAUCGGUAAAACUUGACAUGGUAUGAGCGCUCACCUGAGGGUCACGUGACUAUCCACAACCCGACCACAAAGAUGGCGGCCGGUAGAGUUGCUCUAGUUACAGGGGCAAAUGCGGGUCUUGGUCUAACUCUGUGUGAACGCCUCCUGUCGGAACACAAAGGUUUGAAACUGUGCCUCGCAUGUCGGAACAAGCUGAGAGCAGAAGUAGCGCAAGAAGCUCUGAAACUGUCCCACCCUGAUGCAGACAUCGCCAUCAUUAUUGUGGACACAUCAAGCCUGAAGUCAGUCUACAGGGCAGCCAAGGAGAUAAAACACAGGUACAGCCGCCUCGAUCUCCUCUUCCUCAAUGCAGGCAUCAUGCCAGUCACUGGCUUCAACUGGUCCCACUUCAUCAAGGGCGUCUUCUCCAGUGACUGUGUGCACAUGCUGACUACCGCACAGGGUUUGCUGAAGCAGGCUGACUUCACCACGGAGGAGGGAUACCGCAACAUCUUCACAACUAACCUGUUCGGACAUUUUGUACUGAUUAGGCAGCUUGAAGACAUCAUAGGUUGUACCGACAAGCCAGGUCACAUGACACAGGUUGUCUGGACAUCGUCCAGCGCUGCCUUGAAGGACAAUUUUGACAUUAAAGAUAUACAGCACAAGAACGGAUGUGACCCCUACAGUUCAUCUAAAUAUGCCACAGACAUGAUCAGUGUGGUGCUCAAUGACAAACUCAACCACAAGGGCAUCUACUCCCACAGCGUGUGCCCUGGGCUGGUCAUGACGAACCUCACCAAUGGCAUCAUGCCGCCCUGGUUCUGGACCAUAAUGUGGCCUAUUAUAAUGCUGGUCCGGUUGUUCGUACCCAGCACAAACUAUGACACGUACAAUGGCUGCGAGGCUCAGAUGUGGCUCUCCAUCAACAACCUACAACCCUGAAUAGUCAUGUCAAGUUCUGUAGCGAGACCUCAGUGUUUGGACAAAGAUCUGUCAAACAGAAGAAGUUGACCAUUGACUCGGAGGAGGCCGAGUCUCUCUACACACAGCUGGAGUCUCUGGAGAGGGAGUUCCAACAACAACACAACACAUCUUGACAAUAGCACAACACAUCUCCCCAGUACCACUGGAGAGCUGGUCAAAAUUAUGACACAUCUGAAACAAAUCUUGACAAAAGCUCAAUAUGUCAACAAAGGUAUAACACAUUUGGACAAUAGUACAACACAUCUUGACAGGAUGAUAUAUCUGGACAACAGCAUGACACAUCUGGACAGGAGCACAAAACAUCUUAACAAUAGCACAACACAUCUUGACAAUAGCACAACACUUCUUGACAGUGCCGUUGGAGAGCUUGUCAAAAUUAUGAUGCAUCUGUAAAACAUCUUAACAAUAGCACAACACAUCUAGACAAUGGCACGACACAUGGACAGUAUAUAGAACAACGCAUCUAGUGCAACACAUGGACAAUAGCACAACACGUCUAGACAAUAGCACAACACGUCUAGACAAUAGCACAACACAUAUGGACAAUAGCACAACACAUAUGGACAAUAGCACAACACAUAUGGACAAUAGCACAACACAUGGACAAUAGCACAACACAUCUAGACAAUAGCACAACACAUGGACAAUAGCACAACACAUGGACAAUAUAUAGCACAACACGUCUAGACAAUAGCAUAACACAUAUGGACAAUAGCACAACACAUGGACAAUAGCACAACACAUGGACAAUAUAUAGCACAACACGUCUAGACAAUAGCACAACACAUGGACAAUAGCACAACACGUCUAGACAAUAGCACAACACAUGGACAAUAGCACAACACAUGGACAAUAUAUAGCACA